CUCUGUGAUUGGUUUGGGCCGCAGCCAAUGGGAGAGGUAGGGAUGGUGGACGGACGGAGUCCGCGGAGCAGGGCUGCGCCAUGAGCAGCUUCGGAGGCAGGAUGCGGGAGUAUCCCUGGCUGUCCAUAGACCGCUUCGACCGGGAGAACCUGCGGGCGCGGGCCUACUUCCUGUCCCACUGCCACAAGGAUCACAUGAAAGGGCUGAGAGCGCCUUCCUUGAAAAGAAGACUGGAGUGCAGCUUGAAAGUUCACUUGUACUGUUCACCAGUAACCAAGGAAUUGCUGCUGACUAGCCCGAAAUACAAGUUUUGGGAGAAUCGCAUUGUUACCCUUGAAGUUGAAACUCCAACUCAGAUUUCUUUACUUGAUGAAGCGUCUGGUGAGAAAGAAGAAAUAGUGGUGACACUUCUACCAGCUGGUCACUGCCCAGGAUCAGUCAUGUUUUUGUUUCAAGGCCAAAAUGGCACUGUACUUUAUACUGGAGAUUUCAGACUAGCAAAAGGAGAAGCAGCCAGAAUGGAGCUCUUGCAUUCGGGGACCAGAGUGAAAGACAUUCAGAGUGUAUAUUUAGACACCACUUUCUGUGAUCCCAGAUUUUAUCAGAUACCAAGCAGAGAGGAAUGUUUAAAUGGGAUAUUAGAGUUAGUGCGAAGCUGGAUCACUCUGAGUCGCUAUCAUGUUGUAUGGCUAAAUUGCAAAGCUGCCUAUGGAUAUGAAUAUUUAUUCACAAACCUCAGUGAAGAACUUGGAGUCAAGGUCCAUGUGAACAAACUGGAUAUGUUCAGUAACAUGCCGGAAAUCCUCUACCAUGUUACCACGGAUCGGCACACUCAGAUUCAUGCAUGUCGACAUCCACGGGAUGAUGACUAUCUUCGAGGGAAUAGGUUGCCUUGUGGAAUGACUUCCCGAAAUGGAACCCCUUUAUGUGUAAUUACUGUGAAACCUUCCACCAUGUGGUUUGGAGAAAGGACAAGAAAAACCAAUAUAAUAGUAAGGACUGGGGAGAGUUCAUACAGAGCUUGCUUCUCUUUUCACUCCUCUUACAGUGAGAUUAAGGAUUUCUUGAGUUACAUCCGCCCUGUGAAUGUGUAUCCCAACGUAAUUCCAGUGGGUUCAACAGCACAUGAAGUUGUAAAAAUCUUAAAGCCACUAUGCAAGUCAUACAGUAUAAAUAGCGAGCUCAAAUAUAAACCACUUGGAACACUGAAGAGAUCCAGAACAAUGGACUUAACAGACACAGAUGAGGGCAGUGAUGAUCUCUUCGAUACAGAAUUGACUCCUGCAAGGCAUAAGAUUCCAAAACAUCAAGUAGAGACAACAUUGCCUGAGACAAAAGCUUCAUCUGAAAAUUCUGAGGGAAACCAUAGUGAGAACAUGGGAAGUUACAAAGCAACCACUAUGCCUAUGUCUUCGCAGGUACACUUCAUAGAUUGUGAGGAAUCAAAUGGUGAAGAUGAUGAUGAUGAUGAAGAAUCUGAAAAAAAUACAGUUUCGGCUCAAGUUGUAGCCCACAAUCCAAACUCCACUUCGAUACUGGGAAAUCCAAAUGAAGAAGCCCAUUCAGACUUGACCUGUGCAUUGACUAGUGGCCAGCAGGAGUCUAAUGCAGAUAUGCCACAGUGGGAUGUUUUCUUUAAGCGAGAUAUUAAAACGACAGAUGAUAGUUCUGAAAACGAGGACCAUCCCCUAUCUUCCAUAGAUGCUGGUAGGUCCCAGUCACCAAACUUGUUCAGUGAUUCAGAUAGUUUAAGUGAUUCUACCCAUAUCUCCUCACAAAAUUCUUCUCAGUCAACCCACAUAUCGGAGCAGGGGAGCCAGGGCGUGGACAGCCAAGCAGACACAGUGCUCAUCACCUCCCAACAGGCACAUGGUGCGGAUUUCAGCUUUUUGAACAAAGGUGGGAGCAGGGUAACAGUUUCUGUGUCACAUUUCAUGGCCAUGGAUAAUCAAACUGAAUCCCAUAGGUGGAAGCCUUUGGACCAAAAUACACCUUGCCCAGGUAAUAUUGACUCUGAUUUGAAAGGAAAAAACCAAGAGACGAAUGCAGAAGCUGGUGCUGCUGAAAAACAAAACACGCUAAUUGAAGUAAAUAAUGAGAAAUCGAAGACUCCUAACUCAGAAUUGGAAAGAGACUCUCAGAGCUCCUCUGACUUUGAAAUCCCUUCAACCCCCGAUGCUGAGUUACCUAGACCAGAUAAGCUGCAUUGUCUGUACAAGAAACUAGCAGCAGGUGAAACCAUAUACUGACUGAAGGGAAUCUCUUCUGAAUUUAGGAACUUCUCUUUAAAAUAUAGAGGCAGAGACACACACGAGUCAACCGAAGCUGUAUUCAGAGGUAUAUAAAAAUUGUACUUAUCCCCACUGCUCUAUUUGGAGCAGACUUAUUACAUGUCCUUAGAAAUCUCUCACUACUGACUGUUGAGACACUAGGAUGUGCAGUAUGUUUUUCCUCCUCAAUGAACUCCUGAAAAGGAAGAUAUUCCUGUAAGAGAAAUGAAAACGCUCUACUUGGUAGAAGGAAAACACUAAGCUGACAAACUGAAAAAGUUGUUUAACAACAAGAAAAAAGUGGAUGGUGCAUCUUAGGUUGGUGAGACAUGCAGCUAUGCAAUAGAGAAGGGAAGGAGAAAUAAACCAAAGAAAGUGAAAGGAGCACUAAGUGAAGUUUAGUUGAGUGAUAUCAAGCUGUCUUUAAGAGUUGGCAGGUAGCUAACCAGAUCUUUGAAUUUGUAAAUAUGUCUAUAUUGAAGGCAAUCCUUAUAAAGCUAUUUUUAAUAAAAUUUUUAUAAAACUCUUAA